GAAUCUCGGUAGCAUGGGGAGUGGGGGAGGAUGUUUCUCCACCACCCCAACCCCCCAUGUCUGUGGUGAAGUCGAUCGAAUUAGUGCUGCCCAAGGAUGCAGUCUACCUGGCUGGCUCCAGCGUAGAAGGGCAGGUGAUUCUAACCCUAAACAGCACCCUGGUGGACCCCGUAGUGAAGGUGGAGCUCGUGGGAAGGGGUUACAUCGAGUGGAAUGAAGAAAUCGGGGCAGCCCGCGAUUAUAGCAGAAAUGUUAUUUGCAACAACAAGGCAGACUACGUACAUAAGACAAAGACCUUCCCCGUGGAGGAUAAUUGGUUAAGUGCAGGCAGCCACAUCUUUGACUUCCGUUUCAACUUACCUCCCAGGCUCCCUUCGACCUUCAGCAGCAAAGUCGGCCACGUCUCUUACCACGUGCAAGCCUCCUGCAUGGGCCGGGAGCACGUCUUAGGGAGGAAGAGGGCACACCUGCUGGUCCAAGGGACUUCGGACUUCCACAGAGAACACUCGCUCCAGACGCCCCAGCUGGUGGAGGCCGAGGAGGACGUGUCCUAUAACUGCUGCCGCCGGGGCAAGGUGCGCCUGCAGGUGCAGAUGGACAGGAGCACCUUCCAGCCGGGCGAGAAGGUCGUGCUCACCACGGAGAUCCGCAACCAGACCAGCAGGUGCCUCAAGACCGUGCUGGUCGCCCUCUACGCCCACGUGCGCUACGAGGGCUUCACGCCCAGCGCCGAGUGCCGGGCGCGCGUGGAGAGCAGCGAGCUGCUGCGGCAGGAGGCCAGCACGCACGUAGCCGCCUUCGCCGUCACCAAGAUGGUCAGCGCCUUCAACCUGCCGCCCGUGCUGUCGCUGAGCGCCGCGGCGCAGGACGGCGAGCUCAUGAGCACGGACUACGAGCUGGUCGUGGCCGUGCACCUGCCCUGGUCGCUGAGCAGCGUGCGGGCCCGGGUGCCGGUCAUCGUCACCUGCCGCCCGGUGGACGCGGCCGGCUGCCCGCGCGCCGAGGAGCGGAGCCUUCCCCGAGAGCCAGGGUCACCCGGAUUCAGCGCGCAAACGUCUACAUAUUAAAUGCUUUA